AUGACGGGCCACCUCCUAGGCGCUCUCGCCCGACGUGGUUUCGAAGCUGCUCAUGCUCAUUGGCAGCCUGCAAACGGGCAGUCUGAUGUCGAUGGCGUGAAGAAGAUAUUGGGGAAGGUGCCCACAUGGGGUGUCGUUCUCAUGGCCAUCACCUUUGUCCUUUUCGUCCUCCUUGGCUCGAGUGUCGAGUACAUAAUCCGCCUAGUUUAUGCUCAUCUCGCAAUGAUCGAGACGCCAGAGACCACGGUUGAAGUCCACGUAUACCAGCCAGCUUCUGUGGAGGAUGCGAAGAUUGUACAGAACUUAGUCGAGGCCGGUCUGAUUGAGGAAUCUGCGCUAAAUCCAGAGCCAACAAUCACGGAGCACCGCAACGCGAUAACUUCCUCCCUUCACCGUACAAAAGCCCAUAUUACAAACAUUGCCGGUCCAAAAGCUAGAUGGCGAGGUCUGCCAAUCUUCAUUCUCUACGUCCUCACAGUUUCCGUGACCGGCUGGAUUCUCAAGAAGCCUUUGCGUUUGGAACUCCUUCCACUUGGCAACGUCAUGGUCGAUAUUUUUGCAGCCGUUUUCGCGGCCCGGCUUCACUGUGCAUGGACACACAAAGUCAUCUCCAUGCCUUCCGACAAGAAGUUGAGGCAACGCAUGAUUUCCCGCGCACAGUGGAAAGAACUUGCCCUUCCAACCGCUCUCUCCGCUGGAGCUCACGGGGUUGUCUUUGAGGGUGUAAAGAUUAUGCACCACUUCUCUGCUGAGGCAUGCCGUGUCCUUGACGCGCACCAGAUCAACAAGGCGUUACUUGUGCUCGUUGCUGUCGUGCCGGUCCUCAUCGGCGUCGCUGUGCUUUCACUUUUUAUCCUUCUCCCUGCAUACGUCACUCUCGUUCGCAAGGAGGCGUCGCUCCUCAGUCCUGAGGAAGAGACUAUUGUUCCGAUGGAUCGCACCUUCGGUGGCAGAAUCCAAUAUAUCGGCGCCAAGUUGAACAUCGGCGAUGCCUGGAACAGCUUCACAUGGGAGGCUCGUCGCCGCCUCAUCAAGCUCUACGUCAAGUUCUUUUUCGUCAUGAGUGCGCUCAUGCUCCUGUUUGUUCACCUUAUUGCGCUCGAGUUUCUAUUAGCCCUUGGUGGUGAUGCAAAGAACGUAUUGCAAGAUAUCCAAAGUCAUAUUAAGAUGUGA